CUCUCUCUCGCCCACAGCAAGUUUCCACCUUCCUGAAACUUCUUUCUUUCUCCCUCUUUCUCUCCUCCUCACACGAAGAAGAAGGAACAGAAUGCCAUGGAUCCAUAUGUGCUCUCCGCCUGAUUUUGGAUUGUUUGUUUUUCCACGUUCUCACCCACAUCCGGCUCCAACUCUCAAAAGAAAAGAAGAAGAAAAAAACAAAGGAGAAGAAGAAGGAGAAGAAGAACGCGGAGAAGAAGGGCAGGGGAGGAAAAUCGUCGAUCAACUUGGCUCGUGGGCAAGGGUCGUCCACGAACUGAUUGGUUGAAUGCACGCUGCCGACGAACUUGGAGAGAUCCACCGACUUCACCCUUCCCCCCUGUGUCUUGACGAAGAAGAAGAAUGUGAGAAUUAGAAUCCGGCGGGGAAGAAUCCACGUUGCCAAUCAAUAAUUAUGAUUCGAUUAAUAU